AUGUCCUCGAAGAUAACUUCAGGUGUGUUGUUCCCACACCAGGCCCUCAGUGCCGCACUAACACGAUUGUCUUCAAACCAUUCCCUGUCAGGACUCGAUACGAUGCGGACUAUCUCAACAUUUGGCAGCACGCUGAUAGUGCCCUUGUACGUAUCAGUCCAGAAACAGUCCUUCUUAAGGAAUUUUCGAACCACAUAUUGCAGAAGUUUGGGUCUGACUCUGACGGAGGUUAUACGCUCGCAGCAGUUGUCUUCGCAAUGGUGGAACAGAAUUGCCAGGGGGCCAGAUCUGGAAAAGUCGAAAAGAGUAUGUUUGUAAAGGAGGGAAGUAGCUUCUUGGCGGACUUGCUUGCAGGUGUUGAGGAGGCUGGGUUGCGGGUAUUUGAGUAG